AUGUCUUCCUCUGUUGCUUCUUCUACUCUUCCAGCGGAUCCUUCCAAUCCAUAUUACCUUCAUCAUGGUGAUAGUCUAGGAUCAAUGCUAGUUACUCAGGUUCUUACAGGUGAUAAUUAUCACUCAUGGCGCCGUUCCAUGCUCAUGGCAUUAACUGCCAAGAACGAAGUCUGCUUCAUCGAUGGCUCUGUUCCUUCUCCUCUAGAUACUUCUCCAUUGUUUCAGUCUUGGACUAGAUGCAACAACAUGGUACUUUCCUGGUUACUUAAUUCUCUUUCUAAAGAGAUUGCUGCUAGUGUCAUCUAUGUCGAUUCUGCCAUGGAGAUGCGGUUUGAUCUUAAAGAGAGGUUUUCUCAAGGCUGUGGCCCUCAGAUUUUUCAAUUGCAAAACUCUAUUGCAUCUCUUACAUAG